AUGCUGAUCUUGUACGGGUCCCAGACCGGGACGACGGAAUCCUUUGCCAAGAUCGUGCACUCGUUCGCGAUGGCGCGCGGCCUGUCGCCCCGCCUCGUGUCCGCCGACGACUUCGACCACGCCAAGCUCGUGGACGAGGACGUUGUGGUGUUCCUCACGUCCACGUUCUACAACGGCGAGUUCCCGACCAACUUUACACGGACGUGGGAUUUCCUCCAGACGACGACCGUCGAGCUGUCCACGACCAAGUUUGCGGUGUUUGGUCUUGGGAACAGCGCCACCAAGUCCAACUUUAACAACGCUGCCAAGCAACUGGACGCGAGACUUGAAGUCCUCGGCGCCGAACGCCUCGUCCCCCUCGGCCUCGGCGACGAACAAGCCGAAAGCGGACAUGAAACAAGCUUCCGACCGUGGAUCCAGUCCCUCUGGGUCAAGCUCCUCGGUGGCCACGGCAAGAUGACCCUCCCCGUCCAAUACAACAUCGCGUUUCCGUCCACGGACGUUGCGCCCGCCCCGCGAUCGAUUCCUGGUUUCGACUCGUUCCGCGUCGUGUCCAACACACUGCUCACCCCCGCCGGGUACGACCGCCCGGCCUACCUCUUGACGCUGGCGCUGCCCCACGGCGUCAAGUACCAGCUUGGCGACCAUCUCCAAGUCGCCCAUGCCAACUCGGACGACCUCGUAUCGCGCCUCGCCCGCCGCAUGCACCUCGAUUUGAAUACGACCGUGCACUUGACGGCCAAAGCGCAUUCGACGUGUCUGCCCACGGAGCCCAUCCAGCUGCACAUCCUCCUUCGCGACCAUCUCGAUCUCUCGACACCGCCGUCGCGAUCGUUCUUGGAAGGGUUGUCGGCGCUCGCGACGGACAAGAAGGAAGCCGAUGAACUGGAACACCUCGCCGAAGACAUGACGGCAGGCAAUGCGUACACGCAGUACGUUGGGACACAUCCGGCGACGCGCAUCCCGUUCACCCUGGUCGACGUCCUGGAAAUGUACCCGUCGAUCCAAGUCGGCCUUGAACACCUCCUCGGAAACGUCCCGAUCCUCCCGCCACGGUACUACUCGGUGUGCUCGAGCCCGCUCAUGCUCCCGCACCACGUCCAAAUCGUGUACAUGGUGACCAAAUGGCACUCGAGCAAGAAUCCUCUAAAGAUGUUCACCGGGGCCGCGGCCGGGUUCUUGUCUCGCCUCCACACGGACGCGCUCGUGACGGCCCAGAUCAGCCGCGGGUACUUUCAAGUCCCAGAGAACUUGGAAACGCCGAUCCUUGGGGUGGCCCUCGGCACGGGCAUUUCGUUCUUCCGCGCGCUGCUGCAACACCGCGCGUACCACCAGGACCACAACCAGACCGUGAGCAAGGUCCGUCUCUACUUUGGCAUCCGCCAUGCCGCCAAGGACUUUCUUUUCCAGGACGAGCUCGACACGUACGUGAACCGAGGGCUCCUCGAGCUCGCCCCCGCAUGCUCCCACGACAGCGCGACCUUUGUCACACCCGUCACGCUCAUCCGUGACUUUCCGACGUCCGUCGCCGAGUACUUGGACAACGACGGCGUGUACUUUUACUGCGGGAUCGGCGGAACGAUCCCGGAAUUCCACGAAGCGGCGAUCGAAGCCGCUUUGCAGGCGUGCCACAAGUCGACCCUCGGGUCCGAGAUGGAGACGGUCGACGAGAUGAAGGCGAACGGACGUUGGCAGGUCGAAGCAUUCUCGUCGUGCUUGGACCAUGAAAACGCCCUGCAGUAUCAACAAAACGUCCAAAACAAGAAGGAAGAUACCCCGAUCAGUGACGUUGUCGGCGACUGCGCCAUGUUUUGCUUUCAGUGCGGCCAGACGAACCAAGGCAUCGGGUGCACCAAGAUCGGUGUGUGCGGGAAAACGCCGACCGUCGCGGCGCUCCAGGAUCUCCUCGUCGACCACCUCAAGCACCUGAGCUGGUACGCCCAUCACAUCCGCGCGGUCGAUCCGGACGUGGCGUCGCUGGCAGAGAUCGACCGCUUCACGCUCGUGGCGCUCUUCUCGACGCUGACGAACGUCAACUUUGACGCGACUCGGUUCGUGACGUUCAUCCAACAGACCAAGGGAUACACCGACCAGCUGACCCAAGAGUAUGCGGCCGUGUGCCAGGCCAAGGGCGUCGCGCCGAGCCCGGUCCCGUGGAAGCGCACCGAGGCCAACGUGGUCGACAUUGAAGAGCUCGUCGCGAGCGGAAAGAAGGUCGGCGUGCUCUCGCGUCUGCGUGCUGGCCGCAACGACGCCCUCGUCGGGCUCCAAGAAAUGCUCGUGUACGGUCUCAAGGGCCUCGCCGCCUACACGGACCACUCGCUCCAGUUUGGCAACGAAAAGCCCGAGAUUUACCACUUCAUCCACGAAGCGUUUGCGUUCCUGUGGUCCCCCGACGCCGGCAAAAUCGACAAGGUCGUCGAGAUGCUCAUGCGUUGUGGCCAAGUCAACUUGACCGCGCUCGCUCUCCUCCACGAAAGCAACUGCACGUACGGCGCCCAGUCGCCUGGCAUCGCAACGUCGCUUCCUCGCCCUGGCAAGUGCAUCCUGGUGUCUGGCCACGACCUCAAGAUGCUCCACGAUGUCUUGGAAGCGUGUGCAGCGUACAAGGCCGAGCACGGCGUCCACAUCAACGUGUACACGCACGGCGAGCUGCUCCCGGCCCACGGGUACCCCGCCCUCCGCGCGUCGCCCCACCUGACCAAGGGAUACACCGACCAGCUGACCCAAGAGUAUGCGGCCGUGUGCCAGGCCAAGGGCGUCGCGCCGAGCCCGGUCCCGUGGAAGCGCACCGAGGCCAACGUGGUCGACAUUGAAGAGCUCGUCGCGAGCGGAAAGAAGGUCGGCGUGCUCUCGCGUCUGCGUGCUGGCCGCAACGACGCCCUCGUCGGGCUCCAAGAAAUGCUCGUGUACGGUCUCAAGGGCCUCGCCGCCUACACGGACCACUCGCUCCAGUUUGGCAACGAAAAGCCCGAGAUUUACCACUUCAUCCACGAAGCGUUUGCGUUCCUGUGGUCCCCCGACGCCGGCAAAAUCGACAAGGUCGUCGAGAUGCUCAUGCGUUGUGGCCAAGUCAACUUGACCGCGCUCGCUCUCCUCCACGAAAGCAACUGCACGUACGGCGCCCAGUCGCCUGGCAUCGCAACGUCGCUUCCUCGCCCUGGCAAGUGCAUCCUGGUGUCUGGCCACGACCUCAAGAUGCUCCACGAUGUCUUGGAAGCGUGUGCAGCGUACAAGGCCGAGCACGGCGUCCACAUCAACGUGUACACGCACGGCGAGCUGCUCCCGGCCCACGGGUACCCCGCCCUCCGCGCGUCGCCCCACCUGGUCGGUCACUUUGGUGCGGCAUGGCAGCGGCAGUCGCUCGAGUUUGCCCACUUUCCUGGGUCGAUCUUGAUGACGACCAACUGCUUGACGCAGCCCAAGACCGAGUACAAGGACCGCCUGUUCACGGCCGGCGCUGUCGGGUGGCAAGACAUCCCUCACUUGGACGACGGGUGUUACGCGCCGCUCGUGGCCAUGGCCGUGGCGUCCCCUGGCUUCACCGAGGCCGACCUCAAGUUCAACUACCCUGCCAACCCGUUUGUAAACACGGUCGAGAAGUACCACGUCGGGUGGGGCGCCGAGACCGUGAUCGGUGCGGCGCCGACCGUCCUGCAAGCCGUCACGGACGGCCACAUCAGCCGGUUCUACGUGAUCGGCGGAUGCGACGGGUACGAAGGCGAGCGCAGCUACUACACGGACUUGGCCAAGGCGCUGCCGGCGACGAGUGUCGUGCUCACGGUCGGGUGCGGCAAGUUCCGCAUCAACCACCUGGACAUGGGCACGAUCGGCGACACGGGGAUCCCGCGCCUCCUCGACUUGGGGCAGUGCAACGACUCGUACUCGGCGGUCCAGAUCGCGCUGGCCCUUGCGCAGGCGCUCCAGUGCGGCGUGAACGACCUGCCGCUCUCGAUCGUGCUGUCCUGGUUUGAGCAAAAGGCGGUCGUGGUGCUCCUCACGCUGCUGUCGCUCGGCAUCCGCAACAUCCGCGUCGGACCGACCGUCCCCGCCUUCCUCCGUCCGUCCAUCUUCAAGGUCCUCCACGAAAAGUUCAACCUCAUGGCCAUUGGCGCCGACGUCCAACAAGACAUUGCCAACAUGCUCGACGGCGACAAGCCAACGACUGCUUAG